UAACGUUAAGUGUGCAUUGACAGCAGUGGGCUGCGGUAUUGAUGAUGAAUAAUCUGACGUGUUGUUGCAUGCGCGUUUAAUUCUUUAAAAUGACAGCGUUUCUAUCGCGCAUGGCUAAAUCUCUCCUCGAGAUCUCCGUGGAAAAGGUCUUCCUUCCCACUAUGAUAUCUGUGGAGCGAUCGCACCUGAAGGUGAAACAAGAGGCUUUUGAUUCAACAUGAGAGAAAGCGGUCAGUGUCGAUGGAGACUCUGAAUGCUGUGGAGCUCCGUGAACUGGGGGAUAGGAGCAGGCGAGAACCUCCUCAGGCUUCAGGACCACGGCCCGCGGCUGGCAUCGAAAACGCGUCGUUCGAGGAUGAGGAUCCGGGAACGAGAAUCCACGUUACCUCCAGAACAUCUGGACCUGGGUUCAUGUCCAUCGACUCUCAGUCGAAUCCGCUGCCUAUUCAGAGAGAAGUGUUGUCACCGCGCUCCGAAUACGAACCUGAGCUCGAGUAUAGCAGACACUCGGUGGACUACGGCUUCCUUUUUGCACUUAUUUUCCUCGUAAGUGGAAUCAUAUUAGUGGUAAUUGCCUACACGAUCCCAAGAGAGGCUAAAGUAAACCCAGACCAAGUGACAGCGCGGCAGAUGGAGAAACUGGAGAUGUACUACGCACAACUCGGUUCUCACCUCGACAAAUGUAUUAUCGCGGGACUUGGUUUGCUCACUCUUGGAGGAAUGCUCUUAUCCGUUUUAUUAAUGGUGUCUAUAUGCAAAGGGGAACUGUAUCGCCGGACGACUUUCACUAGAAGACCCAUGAAAUCGUACGGAUCCAUUAAUAUGAGGAUGAGGCAGUUAGCUGAGGGAGAUGGGAGGGAGACGCUUGUGGAAUGUGAACCGAGCACCACCGCCGACGCUGCGAACGGUAACCAGGUUCCUUCUGGAACACUAAACACGUAGCACAACCGAAUCACAUUGAAGAACUUGUAGAUUUGCAGUCCAAAACAGAAUUAGUGCUCGCAAGGCAGCUUAAAUAAAGGUUUUAGUUAAGUUUAAGUUUUUGGCUUUGAUAAUCUGUAAAUGAAACACCUCAUCAGAGCCGCGGUUGCCAUAACUUUUUUUUUAUUUUAUAUUUUUUAUUUUAUUUUAUUUUUUUGUCUGCUAUGUUGCCAGUUCUCAAAAAGCAACUUGGUUUGAAAAAAAAACAAGCUGCAGAUAAGCAACUUGCUUAAAAAAAACAAAAAUCAAAUACAAUAAUAAUCAUUGAAUCUAUAAUUAAUUGAUCAACAGAGAAAACAAAAAGUAGAUUACAUAAAGACCAGAUUAAUCACUUCAGUUGACAAAUGUAUUUUAAUUGCAUCUUUUUAUAUUUAUACCUGGGAAAGGAAGAAAAAAACUAAUUGCUAAUAUUGCAAUACUGCCAUCUGUUGGUUAGAUUUUCAGUGGUAAACACUAAAAAUUAAAGUCAGUGGUAGAUUCUUUCACUUUCAUCUUUAUCUUAAAUUUCUUAAAAAGUAUAAUGUUUAUAUUUAUAAAAAAACAGACAGUCAAUGCUGAAAUCAUCGAAAAAAAGUUUGAACUCAAAAGAAAGAAACCUGUCAAGGACAUUUCAUCUUUAUUCUCAUUUUACAACAAAAAAAAAUGAGUCAUACAAUACUUUGAAAAAUUAUGAUAUAUACUGUACAUUUCAUCAUCAUAGUAGCAAUGGUUGUACUGUCUUUGGUUUUAAAAUGUAAGUUUUAUGUCACAAUGCAAAUCUUGUUAGUCCUAUAAAACAAGUUUCAUUUUCUUUUGUGCCAAAAUAUGCAUUCUUAUUUUCUCCUUUCAAUUCUGGGGUAAAAUGUGACAUGUUUUCAUAUACAGUAACCUGUCCAUGCUGCCUUGCAAGCACUGUCAUCAUAUUAACCAAGUUGAAGGCAAACACGCAAAAACACAAAAUGUGACGGUGCAAAAAGAAAAGCUAAAAACUCAAAAGACUGUUGAAUGAAAGCACAAUGGUGAAGGGUCAUAAUAACUCAACAUGCUGCAGAACAAACCGCCAUCAGCUACUCUACAAAACUUGAAAUAAAUGUCUGUAUAACCUAUAACAUCACUAAAGACAUUAUGAGUGGAAUAGCCUAUAUACAAGCUAUUAUUAUCCAAGGAUGCAAUAUGCCUUAAGACAUUACAGAUGUUCACCGUGAACACAUUUAAGCUUGUUUGUAUUUGUAUACUGUUCGUGUUUUGAAUAUGUGUCACACACUUACUCGUUGUCAUCAACCCACGUUCUUGGAGUAGAAGACAGUGUACCGCAACCAAGGGAAUAGACAUAUGAAUGCUUAACGUUUUAAACAAGAUAUCUAUUUUACAAUAUCUAUCAAUAUGGUAAAUUAGUAGAUUUGUUCUAACAAUUAACAAAAAUGUGAAGUUUUACUGUAAUGGUGCAAUAUGCAUUAGAUACCAGUAGAGAAAUAUUAUAUAUAUUUCCAUUUCAUAGGUUGUUGUCUUCAUAAUGACGCAACAGAUACAUGCUACUGUAUGCUUUAAGAAUAUCCUCCCCUCCCAAAACAAAUCUAAAGUUGCUGGGGAAAGCAUAAUUCACAUUGCAUUAAUAGAGUUUUUCAAAAGUGCACUUGCUCAAGUUCUUCAAGUGAGCCUUUGGAAUCACUAGGUUAAAGGAUCACUAAAGGAUAUUAUGGUUUUUUUUUUACAUGUAUAAAUGUUAUUAGCUUGAAUCUUAAAAAAGAAAACACAAAGUAAGAGUUUUUUUCUCUGAUACAUUAAACCCAAUGGGUAAUGAGAGCACAUUAUAUCAGAGAGAGAGAAUAUUGUCACAUACCAAUAAUAUAUGUCACAUAUUAAAUAUUCUUUUCACAAUAAAUGUACCAUGGCAGUGAAAGUCUAAAGAUUGUUUGAACUAUACUCUAUACUGUCCUUUGAAUAUUUAAUGGUGUAUAAAGUGUGAUGCGUUCACAUGCUGCUUGAUGCAUCACUAACCUAAGUGCUGUUUAAAGUGAAAUGGACUAGUUGUAAUGUUUCUUUGAUACAUCAUUAAAUUAUAGUAAACAUAUCUGACAUGUAUUAACUGUAAGAUGUUGGUUAUGGUGUGAGGUAAAGGUACAAGGAAAAGGGAAAGUGGUAAAUUGCUUUCACAUCUUCAAUUGUGUAAAAUAUUGUCUUGUAAGCACAGAGGAUCUAGUAUUGAGGACACUAAGCAUUUAUCUUACACCAAAUCUGUGCUGUUGGUCACAUUGCUCAUGAACAAGCUGAAUGAAUGUCAGUGUCAUUUAAAGACAUUAGGAAAUGUUGUAAUGCUUUUUCAAAAGGACAGCCUCAACCGAGCAAGUCACUGUAUUGAGAAAGUUUGGACUCUGUGGAUACUUUUGUUCAGCAAAAUUGAUCGAAAGUGACAGUAAAGAUAUUUAUAAUGUUACAAAAUAUUUCCACAAAAAUAUUAAGCAGCACAAAUGUUUUAAACAUUGAUGAUUAUAAUAGGAAAUA